CGGCUCUCUGCAAGCAUCGCAUCUCUUCUUUCUUCUUCUCUCUUCCUCUGUGAAAAAAAAGAAACAGAGUUUUCCUUUAUAGAACUCAGUGUGUUGAGCAUCAGUCAGGAUGUACAGCUUCAUGGGAGGAGGCCUUUUUUGUGCCAUCGUGGCCAACAUCCUCCUGGUGGUGUCCACAGCCACUGAUUACUGGAUGCAGUAUCGCCUAUCAGGCAGCUUCGCUCACCAGGGCCUGUGGCGCUACUGCAUGUCGGGAAAGUGCUACAUGCAGACAGACAGCAUCGCAUACUGGAACGCCACCAGGGCCUUCAUGAUCCUGUCGUCGAUGUCAUGCUUUGCAGGGAUCAUCGCCGGCAUUCUUUCCUUCACCCAUUUCUCUGGAUUUGAGAGAUUCAGUCGUUCCUUUGCUGCAGGGAUCAUGUUUUUUGUUUCGACUCUCUUCGUUUUUCUGGCCAUGGCGAUCUACACGGGGGUAACGGUCAACUUCCUGGGAAGGCGCUUUGGCGACUGGCGCUUCUCCUGGUCCUACAUCCUCGGUUGGGUUGCUCUGCUCAUGAACUUUUUUGCAGGUAUAUUUUACAUGUGUGCUUACAGGAUGCACGAGUGCAGGCGAGUCGCAGGAUCACGCUAGAUGGAUAAAAAAAAAGAAGAAUAUUCCACUCCCAAAAUGAAAUAUAUUGUAAGAUGUUGUUAGUAUAUAGCUAAGCAGUAACAGAGAUAUUAUAAUGCAUAUUAAGUGUAUAGAAAGUACAAGAAUAAGAGGUUAUAGCAAGCCUCUUUCCAAGACAAUCAAGUCAUUUACAGUACAGACAUCAGUAAAUAGUGCAAAGUCAUUAAAAAUUUCAACAAUAUUAUCAUGAUCAUGAGAAUCAAAGCAUAGUGGAAAUUUAAGUGUUAAAGUAAAA